GGAAUCGCGCUCAUCACGGCGCAUGUCUGUCUAUAAACUCGUCCAGAAUCGCUCGAGGGGGUCUGAUUCAGUGCGCAACAGUUGGGACAGGACUCUGACGCACUACAGUACCGCGAGGAAGUUUUGAGUGUAGUAAUUAAUGUGCAGGGUCUCACGUGUUUGACCUCUGAGUAUAAUUAUAACUGAUGUUAGCUUUAAAUCAGUACGUGUGCGACAUUGAUAAAUUAAAACAUAUAGCUGUUUUGCAGUAGUGCACAGUCUUCGUUUUCGAGGCACCAAGAAAAUAUUAACAAGGCUGUCACGGAGCUCACCAGGGACAUGGGUCAGCUUUGCGCUGCAACACUCUUACCAUUUGGUGCCAUCUGCGUUGUUUUUAUUUGGGAUUGUGGUGCCAGUUCUUCAAUAAAAACAAGAUUUGCAGUGCUCACUUCAGGGGAGGAGUGUCCAGAAAACAAGGUAGUGACAGUGGAGUACCCCUGUAUUACAGCAAGGGGCACGGAUGGCACCUGUCUCAGGAGGAAAUGCUGUGAGGGCUUCAGGUUCGUGAUGGGCCAGUGCAUACCUGAAAAUGUGGAUGUGUGUUCUGGCUCCCCCUGUGAACAGCAGUGCACCGACAACUUUGGACGGGUUGUCUGCACCUGUUACCCCGGAUACCGCUUUGAUCGAGAGAGGCGUCGCAACCACCAGACCUACUGUUUAGACAUCGAUGAGUGUGUGGAGUCCGACGGCAGUGUCUGUGAUCAUGACUGCGAGAACACCGUGGGCAGCUUCCUGUGUCGCUGUCACAGGGGUUACAUCCUGGCACCGGACAAGCACUCCUGUAUACCCAGUCACAACCUGAGCUCGUCAGGGAAGUCUGACACCCUGAUGAGUGCUGGCUCCUGCUCCCUCACCUGUCAAGACUUUAUCAACAUGAGGAACAGCCUGCUGCAGCUCAAACUGAGGCUGGGCAGCACUCAGUCACCUAACCAGGUGUUGUCUCCUGGCCUGGCUAACAGCAGUGAUAAGCCGUCUGCUGGGAGGUUGGGGAAAGGUCCUGACACCCCCGCCCUCCCUGGUCCUCCUGGCUCUCCAGGAUCCCGUGGGGUCCCAGGCCAAUCAGGAGUGCAGGGGGAGAAGGGAGAGCCUGGAGAGAGAGGCCUGACCGGCCCCCAGGGGCCACGGGGAGACAUGGGCCCUAUGGGCCCCGAGCCUAACCUGGAGCACAUCAAGAGGGGUCGCAGAGGAGCUGUGGGACCUCCUGGCGCACCAGGCAGAGAUGGACUGAAGGGUGACAGGGGAACUCCUGGUCCCAGAGGUCUACCAGGACCUCCCGGCUCCUUUGACUUCCUCCUGGUCAUGAUGGCCGACAUUCACAUUGACAUCAUCGAGCUGCAGGAGCAAGUGUUUGGGAAGAGGCGGGGCCUCUCCUUAGACAACCCACCCCACUCCAGCGGAGAGACAGGGUUCGGAGAGUGGGGUUCCGGACAAGGAGAGCUCAUGCUCAAUACCUGAACUCCAUAGCCCUUCCCACGGUAACUGUCAAUCAAAACGAUAAGCCAAAGGGAACUAAUUAAUCAACUGGUUCUUGUAAAGCAGAGAUAUUGAACUGACUGAACUGACUCCUUUCCUCCAGUGAAACAUUGUCUCUAAAACCCAAAUAGGACUGUAUGAGGUGAGGAGACCUCUGAUCAGCUCUCUCCUGUCAGAGACAUGGACUAUAAACAAAUGGAGAGAGAGAGAGAGAGAGAGAGAGAGAGAGAGAGAGAGAGAGAGAGAGAGAGAGAGAGAA